AUGACCCACUCAAAAGACGAAAAUGUCCUUCUGCUUAGUAUAAUUGCCCUAGGGUUUUCAGAGCAAUACUCUUUUAAGAGGAGGGUUUCAGGGUUUAUUUUAGCCGAAGGGAAGAGGAGAUCUCGCCGAAGCUCUCCCCCAGUCCAGAAACCAUGGGUAUCUCACGUGACUCGAUGCACAAGCGCCGUGCCACUGGAGGCAAGAAGAAGGCAUGGAGGAAGAAGAGAAAGUAUGAGCUCGGACGUCAGCCUGCUAAUACAAAGCUCUCAAGCAACAAGACUGUAAGGAGAAUCCGUGUUCGAGGAGGCAAUGUGAAGUGGAGAGCUCUCAGGUUGGAUACUGGGAACUUCUCGUGGGGCAGCGAAGCCAUUACUCGUAAAACCCGUCUCCUGGAUGUUGUAUACAAUGCCUCAAACAAUGAACUUGUUAGAACACAAACUCUGGUGAAAAGCGCCAUUGUCCAGGUGGAUGCCGCUCCAUUUAAGCAGUGGUAUCUUCAGCAUUAUGGAGUUGAAAUUGGCAGAAAGAAGAAGUCCGGUGCUGCUAAGAAGGAUACCCCAGACGAAGGAGAAGGAACUACCGAGGAAGCAAGGAAGAGUAAUCAUGUUACCAGGAAGCUUGAGAAGCGUCAGGAAGGUCGCACUCUAGAUUCCCAUAUAGAAGAGCAGUUUGGAGGUGGGAGAUUGCUCGCUUGCAUAUCUUCGCGUCCAGGCCAAUGUGGCAGAUGUGAUGGGUACGUCUUGGAAGGUAAGGAACUUGAGUUUUACAUGAAGAAGCUCCAGAGGAAGAAGGGAAAGGGUGCUGGCGCUGCUGCAUAAAACAGUGGUGCAAUUCAUUUUGAGAUCAGCAUCAGCGGGGGCAGAGUAUUCAAAAACAAAACUAGAGGACAAGGAUUAGAAUUGAAGGAAGGUCAAGGGUUCAAUCCCUUUCCGCGUGCAGAAAAUAAACACAUACAGUGAUGUCACAAACUCACAAGCUGAAAGAUACAGCAGACAAAAUUGCAAGCAUACUCAUAAAUCAAGUUCAAGUUUUGGGUCCACGCUGCUGUCGCAGCUGAUGCAACAGAUUCUCAAUCAUCCUGACCAGUCUAUCACGCAAUUCAGAUAGUGUAGUUGGGAUUGGAUGGAAAUACUGAUAAUGGCAGCUGGGAAGCGUGCCCCAUUUUAAGUCGCAUUUGU